GGAAAUGAGCAAUGAAAUGGAACUUGUCCCUUCACAGCGCUGCGUCAAAUGUAGUGUUGUUGACUCGCCACUGGGUGGCACGAUAACCCCAGCCAGCGGCAAUGCGAGCUUUCACUGACCUGACAGGGAGGAGGGUUCAAGACGGUAAACAGUGACGGGAGGAACCGCGGAGUUGAGAGGGAGAGCGAAGAGAGGGAAAAAAGCAGCCAGGCUGCUGAAAAUGGAAAGUACACAUAAAAGGGUGAUCGAAAAUCAUGCAAGAACCACGAGAGGAUGUCAAACUUGGAAGACCACGACAGUUACACCAAACUCCAAAUAAGGAAUAACUCCACUGCUUCCUAGACGGGUUAGAAGCCUGCGAGAGCGACAUUUAGCUGCUUGGUUUCAGGACAAGUCAGUCAGAGAGGAAAGGUGUCCCUCAGUAUGAGUGGAGAUGGACGGAGGAAGAGAGACGUUGAUGACAACGGUUGGGCUUCCAGGGGUGGAUACAUGGCUUCCAAGGUGUCCAAGCUGGAUGAGCAGUUUAAGCUGGACGCCCCGAGAGAGAAGCCAAAAGAUGGAGCCUGCUCCAGCAUCUUCACUGGGGUGGCCAUCUAUGUCAAAGGGUACACAGAGCCCAGUGUGGACGAGCUGCGCAGGCUGAUGUUGCUGCAUGGGGGUCAGUUCCACGUGUACUACUCCCACUCUCACACCACCCACAUCAUCGCUAACAACCUGCCCAACAGUAAGAUACAGGAGCUGAGGGACCAGAAGGUGGUCCGGCCAGAGUGGAUCACUGACAGUAUCAAGGCUGGCCAUCUCCUGUCCUACCUGCAGUACCAGCUCUAUGCCAAGCAGAAAGGCCUGAGCUUCCCCAGUGUGUCUGUUCACCAGGGCCAAGAGCCUGCAGGACCCCUCCAUGGGCGGCACCUACCCAGCCACAGCCUCAAUAACCACAACCCAGCCCCUAGCCUUGGGCAGCCCCUAUCCAGGCACCACACCCCUACAUCCAGCCACAGUCAUCUACACACAGACAAUCUACACCCCCAACCCAACCACUAUAACCACUUUGCUAGCCACUGCAGCCCCCAGCCCAGUCACUCUCUCCCCAGCCACCUCAACCCCCAGCCCAGCCACUCUCUCCUCGGCCCCCAGCCCAGCCACUCUCUCCCCAGCCACCUCGGCCCCCAGCCCAACCACUCUCUCCCCAGCCACCUCUGCCCACAGCCCAGCCACUCUCACCUCGGCCCCCAGCCCAGCCACUCUCUCCCCAGCCACCUCGGCCCCCAGCCCAGCCACCCUCUCCCCAGCCACCUCGGCCCCCAGCCCAGCCACUCUCUCCCCAGCCACCUCGGCCCCCAGCCCAGCCACCUCAGCCCCCAGCCCAGCCACUCUCUCCCCAGCCACCUCGGCCCCCAGCCCAGCCACCUCGGCCCCCAGCCCAGCCACCUCGGCCCCCAGCCCAGCCACCUCAGCCCCCAGCCCAGGCACCUCACUCUACGACUCAGCCUCCUCGGCCCCUUUUCCUCAAACCACUUUUACUCUGACCCAGGGCACAUCACCCACCACCCACCCAGCCACGGGCAACCCAAGUUAGGCUGCAUCCAGCCUCCUCCUUCAGCCUACACCCACCCACAGACCCCUGGUCCCGUCCCUGCAAACCCCAGCCACGAGCACUCUAAACCUGGACAGGCACAACCUCCUUCCAUCCUCUGCAUCUCCAGUCACCUCCAGCACAGCUACCGGGAGCUGGACUUCAGACUGUGA